UGAGUCAGUCACCUUGCUGUUUUCCUUCACACUGUCAUAGAAUGUCAUAAAACAGACAUAAGAGGUUAGUUAUAAAUAUAUUUGGUCAUACUCUCUCAGAAUACAGCGUGUACUCCAGCCCAGCAGGAGGCGAUGUGACUAGAUGUUUCCUGAUGCUGAACAACAUCACUUUCUCGGAAGAAGUCAGUAGUUUGUUUAGGUUUUAUUUUUUCGGACGUUGAAGCUACACAGAGACUAAACUGGCUUUGGUAAGUUAACGUGUAAUUCAGUAAUGUUACAUCUUGGACCGUCAUUAUCCAGUUAGCUGGCUUUUUCAACCUCGGUUUAUCAGGAUAUAACCUUGUUUGCUGGGCCCACCGCACCGGUAGCAUCGUACCGUUAUUGAUGUCCGACUACUGUAAUAUCUUCCCUCCGUUACACUAAAUGUAGCUACUUCAAAGUGACAUGUGUGUCAACAUGAAAAGCAGUGCUAUAUUUUUUUCUGAAGAGUAAUGUUAGAUAUUUAUUUUAUUUCACCUUUAUUUAACCAGGUAAGCUAGUUGAGAACAAGUACUCAUUUGCAACUGAUAAAGCAUAGCAGUUCGACACGAACAACACAGAGUUACACAUGGAAUAAACAAACAUACAGUAGAAAAAAAGUAUAUAUACAGUGAGUACAAAUAAGUGAGGUAAGGCAAUAAAUAGGCCAUAGUGGCGAAGUAAUUACAAUAUGGCAAUUAAACACUGGAAUGGUAGAUGUGCAAGAAAAGAUACUGUGGUGCAAAAGGAGCAAAAUAAAUAAAUACAGUAUGGGAAUGAGGUAGAUAGAUGGGCUGUAUAUGUAACAAACUAUAUAUAGACUUUAACUCCGUCCCCUCGCCCCGACCUUGGCGCGAACCAGGGACGCUCUGCACACGUCAACAGUCACCCUCGAAGCAUCGUUGCCCAUCGCUCCACAAAACCCGCGGACCUUGCAGAGCAAAGCGAACAACUACUUCAAGGUCUCGGAGCGAGUGACGUCACCGAUUGAAACGCCACUAGCGCGCACUACCGCUAACUAGCUAGCCAUUUCACAUCGGCUACAUAUACAGAUGGGCUAUGAACAGGUGCAGUGAGCUGCUGCUUUGACAGUUGGUUCUUAAAGCUAGUGAGGGAGAUGGAAAUCUCGAGCUUCAGUGAUUUUUGCAGUUCGUUCCAGUCAGUGGCAGCAGAGAACUGGAAGGAAAGGCGACCAGAAGAGGAAUUGGCUUUGGGGGUGACCAGUGAGAUAUACCUGCUGGAGCGUGUGCUACGAGUGGAUGCUGCUAUGGUGACCAGCGAGCUGAGAUAGGGCGGGGCUUUACCUUGCAGAGUCUUGUAGAUAACCUGUAGCCAGUGGGUUUGGCGACGAGUAUGAAGCAAGGGCCAGCCAACGAGAGCAUGCAGGUCGCAGUGGUGGGUAGUAUAUGGGGCUUUGGUGACAAAACGGAUUGCACUGUGAUAGACUACAUCCAGUUUGCUGAGUAGAGUGUUGGAGGCUAUUUUAUAGAUGACAUCGCCAAUGUCAAGGAUCGGUAGGAUGGUCAGUUUUACGAGGGUAUAUUUGGCAGCAUGAGUGAAGGAAGCUUUAUUGCAAGUGUUAGUUUUAUUUGCGUUUAAGAGCAGUUGGAGGCCACGGAAGGAGAGUUGUUUGGCAUUGAAGCUCGUCUGGAGGUUAGUUAACACAGUGUCCAAAGAAGGGCCAGAAGUAUACAGAAUGGUGUCGUCAGCAUAGAGGUGGAUCAGAGAAUCACCAGCAGCAAGAGCGACUUCAUGGAUGUAUACAGAAAAGAGAGUCGGCCCGAAAAUUGAACCCUGUGGCACACCCAUAGAGACUGUCAGAGGUCCGGACAACAGGCCCUCCGAUUUGACACACUGAGCUCUAUCAGAGAAGUAAUUGGUGAACCAGGCGAGGAAAUCAUUUGAGAAACCAAGGCUGUUGAGUCUGCCGAUGAGGAUGUGGUGAUUGACAAAGUCGAAAGCCUUGGCCAGGUCGAUGAAUACGGCUGCACAGUAAUGUCUCUUAUCGAUGGCGGUUAUGAUAUCGUUAAGGACCUUGAACGUGGCUGAGGUGCACCCAUGACCAGCUCUGAAACCAGAUUGCAUAGCGGAGAAGGUACGAUGUGAUUCAAAAUGGUCAGUAAUCUGUUUGUUAACUUGGCUUUCAAAGUCCUUAGAGAUGCAGGGUAGGAUAGAUAUAGGUCUGUAGCGGUUUGGGUCAAGAGUGUCUCUCCCUUUGAAGAGGGGGAUGACCGCGGCAGCUUUCCAAUCUUUGGGAAUCUCAGACGAUACGAAAGAGAUGUUGAACAGGCUAGUAAUAGGGGUUGUAACAAUUUCGGCAGAUAAUUUUAGAAAGAGAGGGUCCAGGUUGUCUAGCCCGGCUGAUUUGUAUGGAUCCAGAUUAUGCAGCUCUUUCAGAACAUCUGCUAUUUGGAUUUGGGUGAGGGAGAAAUGGUGGGGGCUUUGGUGGGUGCAAGGCUGUUGACCAGGGUAGGGUUGGCCAGGUGGAAAGCAUGGCCAGCCGUAGAGAAAUGCUUAUUGAAAUUCUCAAUUAUUGUGGAUUUAUCGGUGGUGACAGUGUUUCCUAGCCUCAGUGCAGUGGGCAGCUGGGAGGAGGUGCUCUUAUUCUCCAUGGACUUUAGUGUCCCAGAACUUUUUGGAGUUUGUGCUGCAGGAUGCAAAUUUCUGUUUUAAAAAGCUAGCCUUUGCUUUCCUAACUGCCUGUGUAUAUUGGUUCCCAACUUCUCUCUCAGUAUCCCUGCCAUCUGAGGAACAUGGUUAGAGGGCCACCUCAACACUACUACCGUUCUACCACAGUAGAGGGCCACCUCAACACUACUACCGUUCUACCACAGUAGAGGGCCACCUCAACACUACUACUGCUCUACCACAGUAGAGGGCCACCUCAACACUACUACCGUUCUACCACAGUAGAGGGCCACCUCAAUACUACUACCAUUCUACCACAGUAGAGGGCCACCUCAACACUACUACCGUUCUACCACAGUAGAGGGCCACCUCAACACUACUACUGCUCUACCACAGUAGAGGGCCACCUCAACACUACUACCGUUCUACCACAGUAGAGGGCCACCUCAACACUACUACCGUUCUACCACAGUAGAGGGCCACCUCAACACUACUACCGUUCUACCACAGUAGAGGUCCACCUCAACACUACUACCGCUCUACCACAGUAGAGGGCCACCUCAACACUACUACCGUUCUACCACAGUAGAGGGCCACCUCAACACUACUACCGUUCUACCACAGUAGAGGGCCACCUCAACACUACUACCGCUCUACCACAGUAGAGGGCCACCUCAACACUACUACCGCUCUACCACAGUAGAGGGCCACCUCAACACUACUACCGCUCUACCACAGUAGAGGGCCACCUCAACACUACUACCGUUCUACCACAGUAGAGGGCCACCUCAACACUACUACCGUUCUACCAUAGUAGAGGGCCACCUCAACACUACUACCGUUCUACCAUAGUAGAGGGCCACCUCAACACUACUACUGCUCUACCACAGUAGAGGGCCACCUCAACACUACUACCAUUCUACCACAGUAGAGGGCCACCUCAACACUACUACCAUUCUACCACAGUAGAGGGCCACCUCAACACUACUACUGCUCUACCACAGUAGAGGGCCACCUCAACACUACUACUGCUCUACCACAGUAGAGGGCCACCUCAACACUACUACCAUUCUACCACAGUAGAGGGCCACCUCAACACUACUACCGUUCUACCACAGUAGAGGGCCACCUCAACACUACUACUGCUCUACCACAGUAGAGGGCCACCUCAACACUACUACCACUCUCCCACAGAUGACAUCUUUGGCUCUGCUGUGCCAGAGCAACUAAGGAAGGACUGAUGCUUCGCUUUAACAAAACAGCGGUUCUGGCCCUCCUCAUCGCUACCAGCUCUGUUUUCCUCCUAUUCCAGCUCUAUCACUACAGACAGCAUGUCUCUCAGAAUGGACCGCAUAUGUUUGGAAGGACAGUUCAUCUGUCAGGGAAGGAUACUCAGUGGCAGGUGGUGAAGAAGUUCAUGGGUCUGGUCCAUAAGUACAACAUGCCAGUGUUCCUGGUGGACACAGCCUCCCUAGGCCUCCUGUCUCAGGACUCUAUGCUGCUGAGAGACAGCCUGGUUAAAGAACCCCACUGUACUUUCCUCUGCACUAACAGAGACGUCCUCACCUUCGCUCUGCUCAACAACCUUUGGAAAUACGACGCUGGUUUGGUGGCAGCAGCUGAAGAGAAGGGCUUUGAACUGUUGGAGGUGCGAGGGAAAGACCCUCGAUUGGUCAGCAUGGACGACCUAUCAGGAAACGAGAUACCCCUCCACUUCCUGUUCCGUCUCCAAGGUUACGUGGUCCAUGUGGUGGUCCUGUACGAGCGCAGCGGGAACUACCUGUGGCACGGCGUCCUGCGACUCAAACCAAACAUGGACAGGAAGUUCGCCCCCUUCAGAAGGCUGGACUAUGGCCGCAACGCUGGAGCCUAUGACAGGCCAGAGCUGGUACUGACCACGGUGGACGGGCUGGAUGUCCGGAUCCCCAGGAACAUCUCUGGAUUCCUGACUGAAUAUUCCCAGGCUCGUUUUCUGGAGUGUAGAUACAGGGAUGCACGCUCCUUCUUCCAGCUGUACCCUGAUGACACGUCUCCUGAGGCAAUGAACUUCAGGAUGAAGGCUAAGGCUCUGCUCCACCUAGCUGCCAGGAUCCUCACUGAGCUCCGAGUCCCCUUCUGGCUAAGUAGUGGUACCUGCCUGGGUUGGUUUCGACAGUGUGGCAUCAUUCCCUACAGUAAAGAUGUGGACCUGGGCAUCUGGAUUAAAGACUACAGACAUGAUAUCUCUCAAGCUUUUCAAAAGGCUGGCCUUCCGUUGAAACACAAGUUCGGAAAGGUGGAGGAUAGCCUGGAACUGUCCUUCCAGGGCCUGGAUGUUAAACUGGACAUUUUCUUCUUCUAUGAGGAAACUGACGUUGUGUGGAACGGAGGAACCCAAGCUAAGAGUGGGAAGAAAUUCAAGUAUGUGUUCCCCAAGUUUACUCUCUGCUGGACUGAGCUGAUGGACCUGAAGGUGCGCGUCCCCUGCGAGACGGUAGACUAUGUAUCAGCUAACUAUGGGCCUACCUGGAACACACCUGUAAAGACCUGGGACUGGAAGAGCUCUCCGCCCAACGUGCAGGACAACGGGGUGUGGCCUGUCAGGGAGUGGGAUGAGGUCAUCCAGGUGUACUGACAUACUGCUACACUACAUAUGAGUAGACGACAUUGGACUUAAACCACAUGGAAGAAAAUGGACUGAAACAGGGAGGGACUGUCGAUCUGGACCGUCGAUCUGGACCGUCGAUCUGGACCGUCGAUCUGGACUGGUCGAUCUGGACUGGUCGAUCUGGACCGUCGAUCUGGACUGUCGAUCUGGACCGUCGAUCUGGACCGUCGAUCUGGACCGUCGAUCUGGACUGGUCGAUCUGGACUGGUCGAUCUGGACCGUCGAUCUGGACCGGUCGAUCUGGACCGGUCGAUCUGGACCGUCGAUCUGGACCGUCGAUCUGGACCGUCGAUCUGGACUGGUCGAUCUGGACCGUCGAUCUGGACCGUCGAUCUGGACUCGUCGAUCUGGACUGGUCGAUCUGGACUCGUCGAUCUGGACUGGUCGAUCUGGACCGUCGAUCUGGACUGGUCGAUCUGGACUGGUCGAUCUGGACUGGUCGAUCUGGACCGUCGAUCUGGACCGUCGAUCUGGACCGUCGAUCUGGACUGUAUCUGGACCGUCGAUCCUGUUUUUGUACAUUUUUCUACGGCGUGCACUAUGCGACCCUGAGUACACUCUUCCGAAGUACACGACACCUGAAAACCCCACACCAAAGUAGCAACUCUAAAGACUACUACUAAGGGUGUGAGUCUGAGCUGCUGGCUUACCAUUGGCUGGUGGCUUACCAUUGGCUGGUGGCUUACCAUUGGCUGGUGGCUUACCAUUGGCUGGUUGGUUGUGAACUGCAGACCACCAAUACUGGACUCUCUUCCUCCUUUGGACUGAAGCAACUGUCUAUUGAUCUGUAAUGUGUGUUCCUUGUUUGAAAUACUGUAUUACGUUGACAAAAAGAUGUCAUAGACAUUUGAAUAGCUACUGACAUUACUUACUACUGACAUGUUGGGUAGGCCCAGGGUAAGGCCAUAUUACGGCCAUGCUUACUUGAUAUGGGGUUAUUAUGGCCUUGGUUACUUGAUAUGGGGUUAUUACGGCCUUGGUUACUUGAUAUCGGAUUAUUACGGCCUUGGUUGCUUGAUAUCGUGUUAUUAUGGCCUUGGUUACUUGAUAUCGGGUUAUUACGGCCUUGGUUACUUGAUAUGGGGUUAUUAUGGCCUUGGUUACUUGAUAUGGGGUUAUUAUGGCCUUGGUUGCUUGAUAUCGGGUUAUUACGGCCUUGGUUACUUGAUAUGGGGUUAUUAUGGCCUUGGUUGCUUGAUAUGGGGUUAUUACGGCCUUGGUUGCUUGAUAUCGGGUUAUUAUGGCCUUGGUUGCUUGAUAUCGGGUUAUUACGGCCUUGGUUGCUUGAUAUCGGGUUAUUAUGGCCUUGGUUGCUUGAUAUCGGGUUAUUAUGGCCUUGGUUGCUUGAUAUCGGGUUAUUACGGCCUUGGUUACUUGAUAUUGGGUUAUUACGGCCUUGUUUGCUUGAUAUUGGGUUAUUACGGCCUUGGUUGCUUGAUAUCGGGUUAUUACGGCCUUGGUUGCUUGAUAUCGGGUUAUUAUGGCCUUGGUUACUUGAUAUCGGGUUAUUACGGCCUUGGUUACUUGAUAUCGGGUUAUUACGGCCUUGGUUACUUGAUAUCGGGUUAUUAUGGCCUUUGUUACUUGGUGGCAGGGUAGCCUAGUGGUUAGAGCGUUGGACUAGUAACCGGAAGAUUGCAAGUUCAAACCCCCGAGCUGACAAGGUACAAAUCUGUCACUCUGCCCCUGAACAGGCAGUUAACCCACUGUUCCUAGGCCGUCAUUGAAAAUAAGAAUUUGUUCUUAACUGACUUGCCUAGUUAAAUAAAGGUAAAAAAAAUAUUGGGUUAUUACGGCCUUGGUUACUUGAUAUCGGGUUAUUAUGGCCUUGGUGCUAGGUGGUGGUGAUGACCACAGACUGAACUUGAUUAUUGUGUGUGUCCCAAAUUGUACCAUAUUUCCUACGUAGUGCACUAAAUUGGGAGUGGACAUUAUGUUCAUAUUUUAUAUAUUUUAUGCCUCUUGUGUUUCAGGAAUCAUUGAUUUGCCGACAAAUCGUAUCUUACUUUCCUUUGUAUUGAGUUUUGUCAUCGUUGUUGAAGGGAACUAUGAUCACGCUAGCCUGAGUUCUAGCCUGAGUUCUAGCCUGAGCUCUAGCCUGAGUGCCAGUCUGUCUGUGCUGUCAUGCCAACUCCUUGUCACUCAUUUAACUUGACAAUGACAGCAUUGGAGUUAUCAAGAGAACAAACUGAUCUGGGACCAGGCUAUGCUCACCAGCUGACAACUCCAAUUUUUUUUUAAAUGAUUAAAAGCUUUGACAUGAUGAGACCGGUCAGAAAACAACCCAGACCAGAACGAGACAGCCUAUAGGGAGGAGGUCAGAGACCUGGCCGGGAGGUGCCAGGACAACAACCUCUCCCUCAACGACGAGACGGCCUAUAGGGAGGAGGUCAGAGACCUGGCCGGGAGGUGCCAGGACAACAACCUCUCCCUCAACGACGAGACGGCCUAUAGGGAGGAGGUCAGAGACCUGGCCGGGAGGUGCCAGGACAACAACCUCUCCCUCAACGACGAGACGGCCUAUAGGGAGGAGGUCAGAGACCUGGCCGGGAGGUGCCAGGACAACAACCUCUCCCUCAACGACGAGACAGCCUAUAGGGAGGAGGUCAGAGACCUGGCCGGGAGGUGCCAGGACAACACCUCUCCCUCAAUGAUGAGACAGCCUAUAGGGAGGAGGUCAGAGACCUGGCCGGGAGGUGCCAGGACAACAACCUCUCCCUCAACGACGAGACAGCCUAUAGGGAGGAGGUCAGAGACCUGGCCGGGAGGUGCCAGGACAACAACCUCUCCCUCAACGUGAUCAAGACAAAGGAGAUGAUUGUGGACUACAGGAAAAAAAAGGACCAAGCACGCCCCCAUUCUCAUCGCCGGGGCUGCAGUGGAGCAGGUUGAGAGCUUCAAGUUCCUUGGUAUCCACAUCACCAACAAACUAACAUAGUCCAAGCACACCAAGACAAGAGAAGAGGGCACAACAAAACCUAUUCCCCCUCAGGAGACAAAAGAUUUGGCAUGGGUCCUCAGAUCCUCAAAAAGGUUUUACAGCUGCACCAUCGAGAGCAUCCUGACUAGUUGCAUCAAUGCCUGUUAUGGCAACUGCUCGGCCUCCGACCGUAAGCCACUACAGAGGGUAGUGUGUACGGCCCGGUACAUCACUGGGGACAAGCUUCCUGCCAUCCAGGACCUCUAUAUCAGGCUGCGUCAGAGGAAGGCCCUAAAAAUGGUCAGAAUCCAGCCACUCUAGUCUUAGACUUUUCUCUCUGCUACCGCAUGGCAAGCGGUACCAGAGUGCCAAGUCUAGGUCCAAGAGGCUCCUAAACAGCUUCUACCCCCAAGCCAUAAGACUCCUGAACAGCGAAUCAGAUGGCUACCCAGACUAUUUGCAUUGACCCCCUCUUUUACACCACUGCUACUCUCUGUUGUUGUCAUCUAUGCAUUGUCACUUUAAUAACUCUAUGUACAUAUUACCUCAACUAACCGGUGCCCCCGCACAUUGACUCUGUACCGGUACCCCCUGUAUAUAGCCUCCACAUUGACUCUGUACCGGUACCCCCUGUAUAUAGCCUCCACAUUGACUCUGUACCGGUACCCCCUGUAUAUAGCCUCCACAUUGACUCUGUACCGUAACACCCUGUAUAUAGCCUCCACAUUGACUCUGUACCGAUACCCCCCUGUAUAUAGUCUCCACAUUGACUCUGUACCGUAAUACCCUGUAUAUAGCCUCCACAUUGACUGUACCGUAACACCCUAUCUAUAGCCUCCACAUUGACUCUGUACUGGUACCCCCUGUAUAUAGCCUCCACAUUGACUCUGUACCGGUACCCCCUGUAUAUAGCCUCCACAUUGACUCUGUACCGGUACCCCCUGUAUAUAGCCUCCACAUUGACUCUGUACCGGUACCCCCUGUAUAUAGCCUCCACAUUGACUCUGUACCGGUACCCCCUGUAUAUAGCCUCCACAUUGACUCUGUACCAGUACUCCCUGUAUAUAACCUCCACAUUGACUCUGUACCGGUACCCCCUGUAUAUAGCCUCCACAUUGACUCUGUACCGGUACCCCCUGUAUAUAGCCUCCACAUUGACUCUGUACCGUAAUACCCUGUAUAUAGCCUCCACAUUGACUCUGUACCGGUACCCCCUGUAUAUAGCCUCCACAUUGACUCUGUACCGUAACACCCUGUAUAUAGCCUCCACAUUGACUCUGUACCGUAACACCCUGUAUAUAGCCUCCACAUUGACUCUGUACCGUAACACCCUGUAUAUAGCCUCCACAUUGACUCUGUACCGUAAUACCCUGUAUAUAGCCUCCACAUUGACUCUGUACCGGUGCCCCCUGUAUAUAGCCUCCACAUUGACUCUGUACCGGUACCCCCUGUAUAUAGCCUCCACAUUGACUCUGUACCGGUACCCCCUGUAUAUAACCUCCACAUUGACUC